AAAUGACGUGUUAUUAGGUUUCCCAACCAGAUAUUUUAAAACGUCCGCAGAAAUUGAAUAAAAUUUUAUCGAUAACAUCGAUUCGAUAAGCUAUUUUAUCGUGUGUCCACGUAUCACUUAUACAACACAUUAAUUUUACACACCUUCGCGGUGUUUAAAACAAUAUUUGAAACGUGAUAAACGUUUUCAGAAAAUGAUACGUUUAUUGAUAUUACUGGCGGUGCUACAGUGCACAAUAUCGCAGCAGUAUCAGCAGAAAGUAGCCCCGGGAGUACCGCCACAGAAUUAUCAGAACUAUCAACAGCCUCCGCCUCCUCCACCCCCGCAACAGAACUACCAACAACAACAACAGUUCCAACAGCCGCCCCCACAACAAUACCAACAACAGCCACCGCCUCCUCAACAACAGUUCCAACAAGUCCCUGUACAACAACAGGCUCAUGGCCACGGGCACGAUCCUCAACUAUUGAACGCAGCUAACAUCGCACAUGAGAGAGACCACAUCCAAGAGCACCUGGACGUGCCGAUAGACGUGUCCAAGAUGUCGGAGCAAGAGCUGCAGUUCCACUACUUCAAGAUGCACGACGCCGACAACAACAACAAGCUGGACGGCUGCGAGCUCAUCAAGUCGCUCAUCCACUGGCACGAGCAAGGCCAUAAACAGGAACAGCAGCCAGGAGUGCCGCCAGUCGGUGAGAAGAUCUUCAAGGACGAUGAGCUCAUAAAUCUCAUAGAUCCGAUACUGUCAACCGAUGACCACAACCAGGACGGUUACAUAGAUUACCCGGAAUUCAUCAGAGCCCAGCAGAAGAACGCUAACAAGGACGGAAAAUAAUGGCGACACUAUUCUAUUGUCAGUACGAUCUGAAUGGCAACACUGAUAAAGAGAUUCUUAAUACUUCUAGUAAUGACUCAAUGAAGAUUUAUAAUGGGAAGAACAUCUAAACAGCAAACUACCCUUAACCAGGGGUUAAGGCGCGAAUAGUACUCCUAUAUAAUAUUUACAUACACGUUUUCCCUAAAUUAUAUUUCUAUACAGCGGUCCUCAUUUUCUAACAUUCCACUAGUGUUGCCAGCACAAAAGUUGUAUAUAUUUUUCUACGAAGUGCUUCCACAACAUCAAUUUUUUUUUUUUAUAACGAUCUGUAAAAUCUCGAAUUAAAUAAAUCCUUCUCCGUCCGGGAUUUUAUUUAAUAUAAUUAAUUUAUUUAUAAAAAAUAUCUAAUUAUACAAUAUACUCAUUAUCUCAAUGCGAAUUCGCUUCUGGGUUAACAGAUUUGAAGUUUGUCACAAACGUGGGUAGUCUCAAAUAAAACGAAGCUAUUGCUGUCCCUUUCUGUCUUAAGUAAUUUUAUAUACCUAUCUCACAUUACUUCAAAUCUGUAAAAUGCUGUCCUCAUUAUGCAACCAUCUCUUUCUACUGGAUAUUUUUAUAGUUUUAUUCAAAUAUAGCUCCACAGCGUAUAGAGAUAAGAUUCGUUUUACAAUAACCUAAUAUUCUUUCCUUGAUCUAGAAAGACAUGAUUGCGAUUUUGUGAGAAGCUCGAUAUGGGUUUAUAUUUUUGUAUGUAUUUUAUUGGGUUGUGUCUGUCUGUGAGUUGUUGAAUAAAUUUUGUACGGAA